AAUCAAUCUCCCUAAUGAAAUCUCCUCCAGCGAUGCAAUUAUUGUCAUCUUUUUUUUUUUUUUUGAAAAAAAAAAUACCCCUUUUGAAGAUCUCUCUCUUUAACCUAUUGAUUUAGCCUUAUAAUGCUACAAAGUUUUGAGCAAAAUCAUCUCAAUUCUUGAAUCUUUCUUGGUUUCAACUUCUUUCUUCUUCAUCUUCUUGAUUCUCAAGUUUUUUAUUUUUAUUUUUAUUUAAAAAAAAAAUUGAGAAUAUGGGCAGCAAUUAUUUUGGUGAACUAAACUUGGGAAAUGAAAGAUCAUCUUCAUCUUCAUCAGGAUCAUCAAGAAAAAGCAAGAAAAACAAUUCAGAAAAACCAAACAAGCAACCACAAAGAGGACUUGGUGUUGCUCAAUUAGAGAAAAUUAGAUUGCAUAGUGAAAUGGGUUGUGCUAAUAAUUAUCUUCCUUCUCUUCACAACAAUAACCCUUAUGCCAACAAUCUCACACAGGAGGAUAUGAGACUACAAACAGCAUACUCAUCAUCUUCAUCUUUUUCCUAUUCAACAUCCUCUUCUGCUCAUGGUUUUCCAAGCCACCAAGGCAUUAUGAUGGGAAUGAGUGGCGCUGAAGGAGCAAAUAUCAGAUAUGGAGAUUCUCAGCCUAGUUCUAGACCAAGUACUUGGCAUCCCGGCAUAGUGUAUGAGCCUCAACAUUAUGCUCAACCAAACAUGACUAGACAUCUCCAUACCAUGCAAGUAGAGGAUUCAAUGGAAAGGAGGAGAAAGAAAGACAGAAGUGACUCUAUUGGUUCAAGUAAUUCUGAAGAGUUAGAUUUGGAGCUCAGACUUUCCCUUUGAUCUACUAUUACUAUGGAUUGAAUAUAUGUUAUGAUACUUAGCUAGUAGUUUUGAAAAAUAGAAGCACCCCUUGGUUUGGAUUUUGCAAAUGUUGCACCAGUUUUAUUUAAGCAACUUAUUGAAAUUCAGUAGUCUUUUUUAGAGAGAGAAAAAAAGAAGAAGCAAAAAAGUGUAAGAAGGGAAUUGAUUUUCCAUGGCAUGUGUUAUAAUACCAUUUUAAUGGAAGGAAUUAUCUCUUAUUAACCUUUGUACAAAU